AUGGCCUUCCCACUCUUCUCCCCUCCAUCAACAAUCCUCCGCCUAGGCUUGGGCCUCGGCAUCGGUCUCUCCGCAGCAACCCUCCACCCACUCUCCCCCUUCCGCGCCGCCCCCAUCCAAUGCGAAUACAGCGCGCCCUACUAUCGAACAGAGAGCCAGGCUAGCGCUGAAACAGGAUGGGCCGUCAACCCCAAUGAUCCUAUUUUGCAGAAGCAGGGUCGAACGGGGCUUGCGACCCAGGCGAAGAACGCCCUUUUGACGCCAGAUAAUAUGCGCCAGAUUAGUUUGGGAAGCGUGUUGGGUUUGGUUGCGGGUGUGGGAUUGAGGGCGUUUUCGAAGGUGCUCGUUGUGGUUUUGGGAAUGGGUAUUGUUCUUGUUGAGUGGGCUGCGUCAAAAGGGUAUAACAUCCUUCCUCUCAACCGAUUGCAAAAAUAUGUCAAGAAUGCUGAUCUGGGCCGGAUGGUGUCUGAGCAUCGGCCGUUUAAGAUUAGCUUUGGCAUGAUGAUGGCUAUGGCUGCAUUUGCGCAAUUCUAA